AUGUCCACCACGACUCUGACGCUUCCAUCCGACACUGCUGAACAUGGAAACCUAAAGCAAUCCCACCGUAUCAAAAAUGCAUCUUUCAACUACUACUCCCUAGACACAAGACCAGAACUGGACGACCUGUCCAUUUUCAAUGGCACCUCCACAGACACCACCUCCCGAGACCUCCCCGUCGUGGACCUGAGGAGUCUUGUGGAGCCUCUGUCCAGCUACCAGCACGAAACCCAUGGUUUCCAAAUCCUGCACCAGCCGCUCCCAAUCGAGGCCUCGCACGCCUCGGUCCACGACGCCAGCGUCAUGAGCUCGCAGUACUUUCCCGCCAUGGUCUCGCUGCUCAAGGAGCGAUUCCAGCUCCGCUCCGCCGUCAUCAUCAAUCACACCCUGCGCGACGUUUCGUCGGCCCAGGAGGACCAUCACGUCGAUCCCAAGAACCCGCGGCCCAAGGGCAAGAGCCUGGCGCCCUUUUUCCUGGCGCACUCGGAUUACACCCCGGCGGCCGCCCGGGCGCACUUUCGCGCCAUGACGCCGCAGUGGUUUGCCGAGACGGACACCGAGGUUGGCACUACCCAGGCCGAGAGAGACGAGUUCUUCAGGCUCCGUGAAGAAAUCAUUUCUGCAGAGGACGCGGCCAUGCGAGAAUCCGGACUUACUCCCGACGGCACCGACGGUGUUAAUGGGAAAGGGGGCCACUGGGAAUGGGAUGGGACGGGCUACACUGGACCGCGGUACGCCAUGUUCAGUAUCUGGCGGCCUUGGGAGACUGUAUACAGGGAUCCGCUGGCGGUCAUGGACACUCGCGGGCUCGACCUUCAGUACGUUGCGCUGCCGCGGUCUUACAAGCACAGGCCUGGGUGUGUCAAAGAGUAUUAUAAUGAAAAUGUUCUGGUAAAGCCGCCAGAAGAGGGCGACAUCAGCUCUCACAGGUGGUGUUAUAUCAGCGAGCAGAAGGCGGAAGAAGUACUAGCCAUCAAGUUCUAUGAUAGUGAGGUCCUGCGGUCGAGCGCCGAGAAGCCUCUCAUGUGCCCACACACUGCUUUUCACGCCGAGGGUAUGGAAGAAAAGCCAUUGAGGCGGAGUUGCGAGUUGAGAGUUUGGUGUAUAUGGUAG